AUGGCAGAACUUGUUGCUGGAGCAUUUCUUUCAUCUUUCUUUCAAGUGUUUUUUGAUAGGUUGGGUUCAAGUAAUUUCACCGACUAUUUCCGUAGAGGCAAACUUGACAAGUUGGUGGAGGAACUUGAGUCUACACUCGAGUCUAUCAACCAAGUUUUGGAUGAUGCAGAGAUAAAACAAUACCAAAUCCGGAAUGUCAAGAAGUGGCUUGGCGAUGUUAAACAUGCUAUGUAUGAGGCUGACCAACUGUUGGAUGAGAUUGCCACUGAUGCACCGUUGAAGAAGAUGAGAGCUGAAUCUCAACCAUCAACUAGUAGCAACAACUAUUUUAGUUAUGUUUCAGCUUUUAUUAAUCCAUUUGAAUCAAGGAUCAAAGAAUUGCUAAAGAAUCUAAAACAUCUUGAUGAGCAAAAAGAUGUGUUGGAAUUGAAAAAUGGAUCUUUGGCUCGUAAUGAAGUUGGUGUCAGUUCCAAACCUUUAGAGAGACUGCCAACUUCAUAUUUGGUGGAUGCAUCCCGCAUAUAUGCUAAAUCAGUGUCAGGAGAAUUUUGUAUGAGAAUGGACGAAGAUAAGGUGGAAGGUAUUCCUGAAAGGACACGUCACAUUUGGUGGUCUCCUCAAUCAAAUUUUGUUGAUAAAUUACAAGAGUCAAUUUGUGAACUUAAGGGACUACGUAGUCUGUCACUAGAAGGCGAUAGAUCUAUAUUGAUAAGCAACACUGUGCAACGUGAUAUGUUUUCAAGACUAAAACAUUUGCGAAUGUUAUCAUUAUAUGGUUGUGGUCUCUCAGAGCUAGUUGAUGAGAUAAGCAAUUUAAAGCUUUUGCGUUAUCUUGACCUUUCUUAUAAUAAAAUUUCAAGCUUACCUGACACCAUUUGUAUGCUAUAUAAUUUGCAAACACUCUUGUUGCAAAACUGCGGUAAAUUGACUGAGCUCCCUUCAAAUUUUUUCAAACUCUUCAAUUUACGUCAUCUUGAACUUCCCUAUUUUAUAAAUAAGAUGCCAAAGAAUAUAGGAAGUCUAAGCAAUCUCCAGAAGUUGGCUUAUUUUAUAGUGGAAGAGCAGAAUGGAUCUGAUCUUAAGGAGUUGGAGAAACUAAAUCAUGUUCGUGGAACAAUUCAAAUUAAAGGAUUGGGUAAAGUCAUUGAUCCUACAGAUGUUACAACAAGAAUUUUGAAAGAUAAGAAGUAUUUAGAAGAAAUAGAGAUGACAUUUGAUGGCGGAAGAGAAGAUAUGGAUGGAUCAACAGUUGAAAGCAAUGUAUCUGUGUCGGAGGCUCUUCAACCAAAUAGCAACUUGAAGAUGCUCACCAUCAGAGAUUACAGAGGUUUUGACAGAAUGAAGAAUUGGGAGGAAUGGUUAUGUAUUGAAGGGUUUCCUUUACUUAAAGAGCUUUCUAUAACGGAUUGUCCCAAAUUGAAAAGGGCACUGCCUCAACACCUUCCUUCUUUACAAAUAUUGCGCAUAUGUGAUUGCAAAAUGCUAGAUGUAUCAAUUUCCAAUUGUGAUAAUAUCAUAGUGUUAGAUAUAUGGAAAUGUGAUCGGGUUUUGAUAAAUGAGUUGUCAUCUAGCUUGAAAAGGUUCACCCUUUGGGGAAAUCAGUAUGUUGAGUUCUCCAUGGAUCAUUUAAUCAACUGCCCCAUUCUGGAAGUGUUGAUGUUGGAUUGCAAGGACUUUGUAGAAUGUUUCUCUUUGAAUUUGUCUUGUCAUAAUUCUCUUUUGAGACUUUCAAUAAUAGGAUGCCGGUCCUCCUCCUUGCCUUUUUCACUACAUUUAUUCACCAAUCUUAAAUGGCUAGACAUCCAUGAUUGUCCAGAAUUAGAAUCUUUUCCUAUGGGAGAUUUACCUUCCAACUUGAACAUACUUGGAAUAUCUAAAUGUCCUAAAUUGAUAGCUUUUAGAGAGGAGUCGGGUCUUCUCCAUCUCAAAUCUCUUGUACGUCUAUCUAUUUACAACUGCCCUAGUCUUGAGAGCUUGCCAGAGGAGAGUCUACCCAACUCCCUUAAACAUUUGUUCAUUAGAGAUUGUCCAUUACUUAAGGAGAAGUACAAAGAGGAGGGAGGAGAGCGUCGCCAUACAAUUAGUCACAUCCCUGAAGUGUUGAUUGACUGGUAG